GCUGGAGAAUUAUGGAAGAAAUGUACAGAGAGUGUUAUCUUCACAAUGCUGUGCUGUGUCUUCAACUGUACCAACCCAAAAUGUAAUCAGCAUCGUGGUCCUUCUCGUGCUCAAAAAGCAGGGGCCACAGCUCAUGUCUACGGUACGUUUCAGUCGUCCGACCAUGACAUCAGGUACAUGAUCCUUCUCCCAACAUGCCAAACCUGCACUACUCAUAAGUACUGUCAAACUAAAAAGGCCAAUUACCCCGUGGAAGGCGAGGAGCCGUCGAAAAUCUUGUACACCGUCCCUAGCGCACAGCUAAUGUUCAUUGAAGUCGGCUCAGAUAAAACAGUUGAUGGCGUGAAGGGGAAGCUAGAAAGGGCGCAGGAAAAAGAUGGUAAAUUUCAAGGAUAA